UUCAUGGUCAGUCUGCUCUCGCUGUUGGAGACAGCGGACGGUCAGCAGUACCGUGUAAUAUUGCAAAACAAGGGGACGUAUUUCUCGAGUGUUCUGUGGCGCCAAGACGUCACUGCGAGUGUCGUUUGUGUACACAUUUCUAUGAUAUGUUAAUCAGUGCUUCGUAUUAAAACUCGAACUACUGGAAAUAAGAAAAAUAUGAAUUAUUACUUUCUUUUGUGUUUCAUUGUUUAAGUUGUAGGUUUGACAGUAAGCGUCAGUUGGACUUGGAAGUACAAAGUUGGUGCUACAAAAGUUCCUCUCAUUGUUUACGUCAGUUCCAUCCAGGACCAGUUAUAUCACAAAAACAGAGAAUAGCAGCUUCUCUUUCAUCACAAUCAUCACUGGUUGCUAAGCAAUUGUAAGGAUGAGAUGAGGCCGGUCAGCUUGUUUGGACAGCCCUGAGGAGCAGUCGCCAUGCGGGAGGAAGAACUCGAGGUGGCCAUCAAGGUGGUGAUCGUGGGGAACGGAGCUGUGGGCAAGUCCAGUAUGAUCCAGCGUUACUGCAAAGGCACCUUCACCAAAGACUACAAGAAGACGAUCGGCGUGGACUUCCUGGAGAGACAGAUAGAGCUGGACGGCGAAGAGGUGAGGCUAAUGCUGUGGGACACGGCGGGCCAGGAAGAGUUCGACGCCAUCACCAAGGCCUACUACCGCGGGGCGCAGGCCUGCGUGCUUGCCUUCUCCACCACAGACAGAGAUUCCUUCGAGGCAGCUCACUCUUGGAAGAUGAAGGUGGAGGACGAGUGUGGUGAGAUCCCAACGGUACUGGUGCAGAACAAGAUAGACUUGCUGGACCAGAGUGUCGUGGAUCCGGAGGAAGCGGACCUGCUGGCCAGGGCGCUCGGCUGCAGGCUGCUACGGACAUCGGUCAAGGAGGACAUCAACGUGAAUUCAGUGUUCCGUCACCUAGCGGCCUGCUGCCUGGCAGAAUUGCACCUCCAAGAGGAGGAGUACGCCCUGUCAGGAGCCAGCAAUGGCAUUCACCCACUCACCAUCAGCGCCUUCAGCCCCGCUAUGCAGAACGGAAAGUCCCACCACGGCAAUGGAACCAUCAUCCUACGACCCGGUAAACAGAAGACUCACAAGAAGAAGAGUGUGCUUCGGAAUGCAUGCAGAAUAUUAUGAUGGUCCAUACGACUGCAGACUAUUAGCGACCCCCAUCUGAAAUCACAGAGCCCCAGUGCAUUUAACUGUUUAAGCGAACAAUCGGUACUUGGCUGGAAGUGGCGUACUUACAUCGACGCUACAAGCCAAGAUGACGACACAUCUACCUGUGACAUCAUUACAGUUAAGGGCCUGCAGGAACAUCAGUUUUGUCCGUCCCGUUCUGUAAAGAUUUGACCACGUGUAGGAAUGCCCUCACGGCGUGACCAGCCAACCCAAAUGCAAUUGGCAAUGUUGAACCAAUGUUUUAGUUAUGGCAUGAAAUUAUAAACGGAGGGCAGUACCUUCCGAAAAUGUUAGAAUUUCCAUGCUUGGUACCUUAACCCGUUCCAUGCUGUACGCGCCUCACAAAAAAGCAUUUAUUUCAUACCUCUGAAGAUCAGUAGACAGAAUUGUGUCCCACUCUCGCUCAAAAGUUAGAAGCAAAGUAUCCGCGGCUUUUCGUCAUAAACGUACGUCACCGGGGAUAUUCUAGAACGAGGACGCUUCUCGAAUAAAGACCGGUACGGAAUGGGUUAAGAGUUUCCAAGUAUACGAUUUAAGAAGAACACUUUGAGAUCAUUAGAUUAAAGUUUGCACGACGCAUGGGUGAUAAUAUGUUCUUAAAAACAUAUAAUUAUCCUGAUUUUAAGAAUUUUCAUUCAUAAAGACUAUCUGGAAGAAAAAAAAAUUCCACAUAAUUAACUGUAUGUAAAUAAACUAUUUAAAAAUGCAUAACCUUUUCUUUUUGUAUAUAAAAACGAUAUUUACAGGUAAAAUAAUAGAUUUAGCAUGCGAACCAAGUACUAUUACCGAAUUUGUGUACAUUUUACAUAUUUACUUUUGAAUAAAGGUGGUUUUCUUCUGUGAUUAUCAUUUUAAAGUCAAAGGUUUAUAAUAGAGCAUUUUAUAAAUGAA